AUGAACUGGGUUAGGACGAAGAAAAAGGCCAAGGAGGUGGCAGAACCACCUGCGCGCGCCUCCACUGAUUCUGAAGUGCCAUCAAUACACCCCAUCAAGAAGGUGAGAACCUUUGGGAGAGCAAAGAAGCAGGAACCCGAACCAGCCCCCGCUCCACUCGACGUUGCCAAUGCAUUGCCUUCUUCUGAUGACUUCCGAACGAGUCUGUUGAUGAGUGGUCUAUCGGCUCGAUUUUCUAUGCUGCGAGAACAGGACGAUCCGAAUUCCAAACUCGGGAAAGCAAGUGAUGAUAGUGUUCUCUUUCCCAAGCAAAAGUUCAAUGAUUUCAGCUUUCAAUCACCAUAUGGCCUAUCAGAUAUCGCCGAGGUCUCCUCAAUACAUGGCUCUCGCAAACCGUCAUAUGCGAAGGAGAGGAAGGAUUCUUACAGCACGCUAAAUGGAGAUGACGAUGGGAGCAUAAUGAACCGAUCGAAACCCGGGGAAGGAAAUAAUUUGUUUGGAGGACGGCAGAAGAUCUAUAAAAUUCCAGGAAAAUCGACCGCGUCAACAAAGAGUUUGGGUGAAAGCGGAGGAAUGGGAGGGCGAGCUUUAUACGAUCACGAUGUCAGCCAGUCGCAAUUCCAGAAGCGACGGGAGAAGGAAAGGGAAGAGGAGAAGGAAAGGGAAGAGGAGAAGGAAAGGGAAGAGGAGCGGGAACGUGUGGAGAAGGGACAGCGUGAGGAAGCAGAGGCUCAAGCCUCUCGGCCACCAUCACCUCAAUUGUCUGGCUACAAUCGUAAUCGAGAGACGACCUCAACCACAUCAUCUACUGGCCCUAGCAAUGCCCGAAUUUCUACUGCUGCCACUUCCAUUACCUCUCAACGAACUCCAUCUUUGAGUGGAUCCCAUGGACCAAACACGCCUGGAGGUUCCACGAAUAAUGGUAACCUCGAACGAUCCGCAACCAAGACCCGUCGGCUGUACGAGACAGGGCUUGAUCAGCAUCUGCAUGAACAACAACACUCGGCAAUGAGUAGGAUUGACACCCUGAGCAAGCGAACGAUGGGCUCGGGGAAUUCCCCAAUGAAUUCUCCUACGGGUCCAUUAUCUCCCACCGGAACUGCCCACUUGAUCGAUAGAUGGGACAAACAUGCUCUUGGAGGCAAAGGAAGUAUGCCAAAUAUGCGAACGACAAGUCCACCACCGAACGCUGCCCUUGGUAAAUUUGAUUUUGCAGUCAAAUCUAUUGACCACCCGGAUUCAAAGUCAUAUGGAGUUGCCUCGCCGCCUUUAAGCCCGUCAAUGAUGGAACAGGAUGAUAUGGUAGUACUACCAGUACGACCCAACGACCGAGGCAAGGCCACUGCUACUGGUGUCUUUCCAAGACCGUCCCACGCAUAUGACGAAGGAAAGUACAGUCGACGGCAGGUACAGAUGCAACAGGGUAGAGACGUACCACCAACUCGGAAACAUUCCCCUCCUAGCGCUUUUGUGCCACGCCAGCCUCCACGCAGUCGUGCAGGGUCCAACGCAACUUUUGCAUCGGCUGCAUCUGGUAAUUCUGGAAGGUCGAGAUCCAGUUCGUCUGCGCAGCGGCAAUUCUUUCCACCAGGCCCUUCCUCAGGACCUUUGCCCAUGGUACAUACCAAGAUUCCGGAGGACACUGAUGCUGCGGGAACAUUCUUGAAUUCCCCCGAUGAAAGCACAGUAUCUUCACCAGAAGAAGUGCCUCUGAAACCGAAGGCUAGUGCGGUAGAUCUCACUAAAAUGAAUUUUCAUGACCGGAAUAUCAAUUUAGAAAGACCGCCCGAGUCUCAGCAUCCGGCGAAUCGAACAAAGAACGCCGACAGUACUGGUUCUGUGCCCGAAAGCAGCCCAGGCCUUCUAACACCUGACUUCACAAAACCAGCAGCCGUUCCCGCGGACUCGCCUACUUUAGGCCCUACCGCUACGAUGAGCGGACUGAGUGGAAUGGUGCGUCAACACAUGAGGGUUGAUAGCAACUCGUCUUCUGUUUACGGAGGUGCGUCUGCAUACGGCGACGGCGCUUCAACUGGCCCUUUGACCUCUAGAUUUCCCAUUGAUCCAAUGGAUCCCAUGCCACAAAAUAUUUACAAUGGCACAAGUAAUCCAUGGGACCAUGAUGACACUUGGGAUCAGGGAUUCUAUGGAGACAAUCAAGGUACUGAGCCGCAAAUACCAAUGAAAAAAGAGACACAGCCCAUCUCCCCACCCGGAUUACGGCCGUCACAUACCAAGACAACAGAAGAAAGUCGAAAGGCUUCUUGGGAGAGAGAGUUGACAUCACACCAUACCCGAGAUGGUAGCACCGAGACGCAAAAGGAGCGCCUAGAUUUCAAAAAUGACCUCGCGGAACGACGCAGGCGUGUGCAGGAGAAUUUGAAAAGCUUUGUCGAAACCGACAGCAGAUCAUCAAGUCCUGUAGCAGAACACCGAGAACCACUUCCUAGCAAGUCCAACCCCUUGGGCUUAUUGAGAGCCAAGACAAGCAGAGGUACUCUCUCGGUCAAAGUAAAGGAUGCACCUCCAUCCAAAAGUAUGAAGAUGCUAGGUCUUGGAAGUGCAACCAUGACCAGUUCUCCGUCUCCAAAUAGACAAAACUUUGAUGCCGAGGCUCAUCGGCGACAUGAUGGUGAACCAGUUGCGAAUGGACCCUCAAUGAGUGAGGAAGGUCAAAUGACAGGUGGGCAAAAAGGGCAAUUUGUACCAGCACAAGCCAAGGCAUUUCGACAAGCUCGCAGAGACGCGCAGCGAGAACGAGAACGGCAAAUAACCAUGAGACACAACCAAGGCAAUGAGAGAGAUGUGCAUCACUCGGAAUGGUCAAGUACGGUUCCAGAGCAUCGCCCACAACGAGAGGCUUAUAACCAGAGAGUGCCACCAAACAUCAAAACUUCUCGACCGUAUCCUCCAGGUCGAGGGGAUAUGUCUGCGCCUCUUCAAAUGCCACCACGGCAACGCACUAUGGGCCAAGAAAGCCAAAAUAACAUGGAUUCAAACCGAUCCGAGUCUUCACCUCGUCCAUCUAGAGAUCGGUCAACCUCUGAUAUCUCAGGCCCACGUUCCAAGAGCAGAAAUGGAAAGUUCAAGGAUGACAUGGGAGGAUUACCAACUCCAAGCCAUGGCCACCUUGCUCCAAAGUCUCCAGGUACACCGGGAACUAUGGCUGGGCAUUCCCCGGUUCCCUCGCCGAUGAUUCCCUCACCGAUCGGUCCUUCUCCAAUGUUGACUCCGGGUGGUAGAUCUCGAAGCAACAGUAGAGCUGGCCCAGGUCCUGGAAGCUAUUUUGAACCCCAGAAACUUCAGCCGAUGAAAACCGAGGGCUUUGUGGGCCUUCCACUAUCCCCACGACCAUCACCUACUGCUCCGUUUGUGCUCAAUGCAACUCCAGUACAACCUUCUCCCGGUAACUCUGCUGUGAACACACCCGUCACACCGGCAUUUCAAAAUCAGAAACACCACCCUGGCGCUCGUAAGCGUUCAAUCAGUAAGCAUCAAAUUUCGGAGCCAACCUUUGUCUCUUCUACUUCCAGAAUUACCACAGUCAACCUACCUCCAGAGGCUUCUCUUUCUAACGGAAUGGAAGAAUCUGCUCCACCGAUUCCACCCGUCAAUCCCAUGCGACGUCAAACCCGUGGCAUGUUUGGACUGAGAAAGAAGGAAGACCUUGAUGAUGUCGAUUCUCUGCCUGCUGCUACUCAAUCUACGGAAGAAAUGAGUACGUUUUCCGAUGAUGGAGAUGAUAAGCCUAGUAAACCACGACAAAAGCUACGAAAAAUCUCCAGUGAGGGUGGAACUCUCAGUGCUAAAGCCCGACAAGCUGCACCAGCUAUUCCUACUGCAGCAAUGCCAAGCAAUUAUGCUGAGUCGAGAAAUAACAGUCCUCCACGCCCUUCACCUGCCACUGAAGGUACGAUGUUUUAA